AUGGCCCCCGCUAAACUCAGAGGCAAGCCAUUGAGCCUUGUCAUCGGUCUCAUUGGCGCUGUCGGAUUCAUAUUACAGGGUUACGAUCAGGCAGUUGCCAAUGGGCUGUUGACACUGGGUUCUUUCAUCGCCGUCUUCCCUCAAAUCGAUACUGUGAAUACCACCGGUAGUGAGAAAUCUCACAACUCUACAAUUCAAGGUCUCGGUGUCGGUGGCUUCACCGCUACAAUCCCAAUGUACGUCUCCGAGUCAUCUGGAGCAGAAGCCCGAGGACGAAUGGUGCUGCUGGAGGGAUGGUUUGCAAUCGGCGGUGUUGCUUUCGCAACAUGGUUAGAAUUCGGACUCUACUAUGUCAGCGACAACUCUGUCAGUUGGCGUUUCCCUAUUGCAUUCCAGGGCCUCUUUGCCAUCAUUGUUGUGGGAUGCAUCAUGCUCCUACCCGAGUCACCUCGCUGGCUUGCACGCGUCGGCCGCCUCGAGGAGGCAGCUGAAGUGCUGGCCCGCUUGGAAGAUGUGUCUGUCAACUCCGAGCAUGUCCUACAAGAGCUGGAAAUUAUCCGACAGUCACUUGUGAUUGAUGACAACACCGAAUCGGCUGGUUCUUCUUCGCCAUUUGCUCUCACAAAGAAUCGUCACCUGCAACGUACAGUUAUCGCUGUUGGUGUGAAUAUUCUGGCGCAGAUGACCGGUGUCAACAUCAUCACUUUCUAUUCUGAUACUAUCUUCGAGUCCGACCUGGGUUACUCAGGUACAAUGUCACGAAUCAUCACCGGAUGUCUGCAAAUCUGGCAAUUUUUGGCUGCAGGCGUGGCUGUUCUACUCAUUGAUCGUAUCGGACGUCGUCCAUUGCUCAUUGCUGCCGCUGUCGGUAUGACCGUUGCCCAGGCCUGUCUGGCUGGACUGUCAAGCGACCUUGGAAACAAAUCCGCAGCUGGCGCAUCACUCUUGUUCUACUUUGUAGCGCUUUUCUGCUUCCCCGUUGGACUUUUCAUUGUCCCAUUUAUGUACGCCGCGGAGAUCGCACCGCUGCGCACUCGUGCGAAGGUUACUGCCAUGUCGGCUGCAGCAAACUGGCUCUUCAACUUCGUGUUGGCAGAGGUGAGCCCGGUCGGGUUCGCUACUAUCAAAUGGCGGUAUUACAUUGUUUAUACAUGCAUUAGUGCAUUUGCCUGUGUCUGCUUUUACUUGUUCUGCCCUGAGACAAAGGGCCGUACAUUGGAGGAGAUUGAUGAUAUCUUUGUUCAGUCGAAGUCUGUCUUCGAUACUGUUCGAAUCGCACAGGAGAUGCCUUACCAGACGGAGAUUCUAGCGCACGUUACUGAUACCGAGAAGGGUGGGCUGGAGGACACACAAGUGGAGAAUGCUUGA